ACUUGUAGAACAGAAGAAUGAUUAUGUGAACGUAAAGCAAUCAACUUUGGAUACCCAUUGAUAAAACAAAUGAAAAAGGAGAAUGCCCAUCAUCUUCCAAUUCUUCUUUCACCUUUUUAUUCAUCACUUCCUGCAUCCACAUUUUAUUGAGAGUUGAGAACUCAAGAAGAAGUAGAAUCCUACCCUGAAUCCUCAAUAACCAUGCCUUCAAGACCCAUCCCUCCACAAAUUCCAAGUCCCACAUUCCUUACCAAAACCAGAAUCAUGUUCCUGGCACUCACAGUCUCAGCUUCUCUUGUGAUCUUCUUCUCAGUCCUUUACUUCCUAUACUAUCUAUGGCACUCCCUUGUACACAGAGCUAAGAGUAAAACCAUACCCUUUGAAGCAAGUUCUCCCUUGAAGCUCCAAAGCUUCUCAUACAAAGAGCUAAAGCAAGCUACCAAUAACUUUGACACUGCCAGUGUCAUAGGUAAAGGUGGCUCUGGAACUGUUUUCAGGGGAAUACUCAAAGAUGGGAAGCUUGUUGCGGUGAAGCGCCUCGACGAGUUGUCUUUGCAGACGGAGCGGGAGUUUCAGAAUGAGCUGCAGAUUCUUGGUGGGUUGAGAUCACCUUUCUUGGUGACCCUAUUGGGAUAUUCAGUGGAAAAGAGUAAGAGACUCUUAGUGUUUGAAUACAUGCCUAACAGAAGCUUGCAGGAGUCACUCUUUGGAGAUGGAUGCUUGUGCUUGAGUUGGGAGAGGAGAUUUAGCAUCAUAUUGGAUGUUGCUAGAGGGUUGGAAUUCUUGCACCUUGGAUGUGAUCCUCCAGUAAUACAUGGAGAUAUUAAGCCAAGCAAUGUCCUGCUUGAUGCAGAGUUCAAUGGGAGAAUCUCAGACUUUGGGUUGUCAAGGAUUAAAGUGGAGGGUGAAUUUGGUGUGGAUUUGUUUAGCCAGGACUUAGGGAAGAGCCAGGAUCUUUGGAAAAGCCAAGAGAAUUUUUCAGCUAAUCUAACUCCAGAAACUCCAGCUGUUCAUACUCCAGUGGACAGUGCUAGUGAAGUAGAUUUUGCUAUGGCCUUGCAAGCUUCUUCUUCAUCCAAAAAUAGCAGGACAUGCUUGAAUGUUGGAGCUUUGAACUUGAAUUCUUUGAAUUAUAAUGCCAAUAUUGUCACUGAGAGUGAAAUUAGGAGUGGAAAUGCAAAGGGGAAGGAAGUUUCGACCUCGGAUGUAGGUGGGAAUGAUUGGAAUAGUAAGUUUGUGCCUUAUGAUGAUGAGUUUUCUAGCAUUGAUCAUAGUAAGGAGUUAACUGCUAACUCUUCUUUGGUGGAUGAUGAGAAGGGAAAUGGAAAACAAUGGGGAAAGGACUGGUGGUGGAAACAGGAUGGAAGUGGUGAGUUAUGCAGCAAAGACUAUGUCAUGGAGUGGAUAGGGAGUCAGAUUUCUCCAUCAAACCCUGAUUGGGAUGAUGGAAAGAGCAAUCUUCAUGAGAAAAUUGAGUUGGAGAAUUCAAGUCCAUUAGAAAAACCAAAUGAUGCAAAUGGACCCCAAUUACAGGUUUUUGAGAUAGGAAAGACAGAUGAAGAAGUUGAGAAGAAAGAAACAAGGGGAAAGAAAAAUCAGAAGAAGAAGCAAAGGAAUAUGCAAGAGUGGUGGAAAGAAGAGAAAUUAAGCAAGAGGAGAACUAAGCUGAGAAAUCUUCACAUGAAAUGGAAGAGAGGCAUGAAAGUACCUCAUUUUGAUUUAGGUAGACGAUUUUAUCUUUGCAGGCGUAGCAACUUUGCCGAGGUGAGUCAUAAUGAGUGUGAUCCUGGGGAAUUUAGUUUCAGGAGAGGUUGGAAGAAGAAAAGUACUCGUUCUAUUGGAAGUGACAUGUGGAGUGGAGAUUUAUUUAGCCGUGAACUCAGCAGCACAACCAGCAUGAGAGGCACACUGUGCUAUGUUGCACCGGAAUAUGGUGGUGGUGGGUUCUUGAUGGAGAAGGCUGAUAUUUACAGCUUAGGAGUUCUGAUUCUUGUUAUUGUGUCAGGUAGAAGACCACUCCAUGUUCUUGCAUCCCCCAUGAAGCUGGAGAAAGCUAACUUAAUAAGCUGGUGCAGGCACUUGGCUCAAGCUGGUAACAUUUUGGAGUUGGUAGAUGAAAGAUUGAAAGAAGAUUACAACAAGGACCAAGCUAGCUUGUGUAUUAACUUGGCACUCACUUGCUUACAGAAAGUUUCGGAAUUGCGCCCGGAUAUUGGGGAUAUUGUUAGGAUUUUGAAGGGGGAGAUGGAUCUUCCACCACUUCCAUUUGAGUUAUCCCCUUCUCCAGGUUCUAAAUUAUAUAGCAGAUCAAGGAGAAGAAAUGCAGAAUAGGCUAUCUAAUCUUGAAGGUUUCUUUGAAAGGUUCCUCCUUCACAUGUUAACAUCUGGUUAUGCUGAAUUCUGUAUAAGACCUGAAUAGAUUUAUAUGUUGAGGUUUAUAUAGCAUCAUGUGUAGUGUAUUAGACAAGAGCUGAUUUGAUGCUCAAAUUCCAUAGAUUUCCUGCACUGGCUGUGUUAGCUUAAUCCGCUGUCUUGUUUGUUUUCUUGCUUAGUGCAUAGAUUAGGGAUGAAUAAGAUCUGAGAUGUCUAAUUGUAAUGGAUGAGGGUAUAAGGCUACAUGCUAGUUGCAGUUUUGAA